AUGGAAAAACUAAAUACAUACGCUAAAAAGUUUAAUAUUAAUUAUAGGGAAAGCUUGGAUGGCCUAAACGCCUCUCUUUUGAAUAAUCCUGUGUUCAAAUCAAUGGGAGGUAAAAAAUUUGAUAUUGAUAUGAAUGAUAUAGAAGAGGAAAUACAAAAACAUACAAUAAAUUUGGAACAUAUGUGUAACGAAAAUUGGUCAAAGAACACAUCAAAGAUAAAUAUAUUAAAUAUACAUUAUAGCGAUCAUCAGAAAUUACUUUAUUCUUUAUUAGCUUUUUUAAUAGAUAAUAAAAUUUAUUCCUUCAAAGGCUAUAUAAUAUCGUCAUUUGUAAUAAAAAUAAAUACUUCAUAUUAUAGCGCUUGGAUAUAUAGAAGGAAAUGUUUGAAAAAGUUAAAUUUAAAUUAUUUGAAUGAAUUAGAAUUCACGCGAUUUAUAAUUAGUGAAAAUAUAAAAAGCUUUCAAAGUUGGUAUCAUAGAAGAUGGCUAAUUGAAUAUAUUUAUAAAUAUAAUUUGAAAAAAAAAGGAAAAAAUCAUGACCAAAAAGAGAAAAACAAUGUUACACAAAUUGGGAAACAUGGGGACGAUGAAAUAGAGAAAAAUAUAUAUCGUAAUGUACACAAAAAUACGUGUAGUGACGAUGAUUUAUUUGAUGAUGAACAAAAUUUCUUAAGUAGUGAUGAAGAAAUUUGUAGCAUUCAUUCAUCAAAUGAGAGCUACCAUGAAAAUGCAUUUAUAAGCAAUUUCGAAGAUAGUGAUCUUGAUAUUGAGAAAGAAGACGUUUUACAUGAAAAUUUAAAAGACAUAAUUGAAAAUAGUACCUUUUUUAAAAACUCUUUACAUAAAAACGAAGAAAUUAAAAUUAAUAUUGAUGAAUUUUUAUACAAAGAAUUAUUAUACACCAAUUGCCACAUAUUUCUUGAUACAAAAAAUUAUAAUUCUUGGGCACAUAAAACUUGGCUAAUAAAUAAGUUUUCAAUGCUUACAAAAAAUAAAUAUAUUUAUGAUAAGUAUAAUAUAUUAUUACAUGAAUAUAAUUAUAUAAAUUAUUUUUUAAAAUGCGAUAUUUAUAAUAAUUCUGUAUGGGUAUAUAGACAUUUUAUUUUUACCAAAUUAAAACAUAUAAAAAAUAUAAAUAAAUUGGAAAAAGAAAUUAUAUUUUGCUUAAAUUAUGGUCAACAAUUUUACGACAAUGAAGCAUUAUUUAGCUACUUUAUCAACAUACUUUUAAAAUACAUAAAAUUAUGCCAAAGGAUAAGAAAAUUAUCGCCCAUUGUAUCAAAAACAAAUGAAGAAAUAACAUCUUUAGAGGAAACUAGUACAUAUGAUAUUUUUAAAAUACCCAUUGUUAAUUUUGUUAAAAAUAAUUUAACAAAAUUAGCAACAAAGUCAAAAUUUGUCUUGUUAUUUCUAGCUCAACUUUAUGCUUACAAUGGAUCUCACUAUGAAGAGGCGCAAUGCUAUAAAUAUCUCGAAAAAAACGAUAAUUUCAAUGAUUUUAUAUGGAGCAGUAAAAUUGAAGGAAUUUAA